AUGUUCCCCUUUCAAGACGGCGGCAAAAAUUCUACUACUGUCGCCCGUGAUAUUUCUGUGCGCUGCCUAGCGCUAGUGCGCCGAAUGAGCCCCCCCACCCGGUCGGGCGUUAGAGUUGAAAAUCGCUUGUGGCGCGUCCGAAACCGAGCGAUGCUGGCGUGGGUGUGGGUAGACGGGAAUCCGACAACACUGCUAAUCGCGCCCGACUUUUGCCGCCCCGCAGCUCGACGGUGGCGCACCCGUCCGAGCUGCCGCCCUCCCCGCACCAGUGGGAAUGACGCGUAUACAUGCGCGGCUUGGACAAGCGACGCGCCGAUUACACCGACACGCGAUAACCGACCUUACGCGCCGCGUCAC